AUGCGUUGUUGUCCGCGUGCGAGCGCCUGCUCUGUCGUCGUUGCAGCCAUGCUCGCCCUGCAGAGCGUUUCGGACCCGCAGCCGCAGAGCGAAUUGCUCGGUACGCCCUUUACACCUCCAUACCUCGCACGUGAUGGAGGAAAUCCUAUCUGGCUCGCGAAAAUGGGGACUGUGGAAAGCACUCGUUUCCUGAGUUUAGUCAUACGGCUGCACGAUUCGAAAAACGCAGGCUACUUCAUCGAGGCCGUUGGCAAAAGGCUUGAAAAGCUCGAUCCGGAACUCGAGGGCCUUCGGAGACCGGAUGUGAGUGGCGGAGAGUCACAUGGUAGAUUCUAGGGCGAUCAAGCCGAACAUCAGCACCGUCCACUGUGAAGACAUGCUGUCGGUGGCAUUCGCUGAGUUCAUGAAUGAGCUGAGCUGACCGCAUGUAUAAAUUAUCUUACUCACUGUCACGGGCGACGCCCAUUGACCCGAGCAGCUGCCAGAUCUCCUCCCCCUGCCGCUCCCCUUGGCCGCC